GCGAUACCCCAAACUAACUAUGGUUUGGGGGGGCACCCCUGUGAAGAGGCAAAUGGGAACUUUGCAUGACAAGUAUCUCAGCGGUGCCCCUCCCUCUUCUUCUGUUUGGCUGGAGAAGAGGUACACGUGACAGCUUCCCACCCCUAUAUCAGAACCUGCUAUCAGAGCAGCUGGAGGAGUCCUUUGCUGAAUGGCUGAGCUGUGUUUAUCCUGAAGUAAUCAGGGAUGUGGUUCUUCUUAUAGGAAAGUUGCUGUCGUUCCUACUCUCAAUCCAUUCUAGUGGUAAGUGUGUUAUUGGCUGGGAUCCACUUGCUCCCCCACCCCCCACCCCUCAGUCUUGGAAUGCAACUUUUGUCUGGGAGCCAAGCAUGAGGGAUGCUUUCUCUGCUCCAGAAUGUCACAUCAGGAAUUCAUUUGCAAAACAAAUUAGCAUUCCAUUCCAAGCCGGAAGCAAGGCAGUGUUUUCCAAAAUGCUGCAAUCUUGCAAACACCCCCACCCCCUGUUUUAUAACUGCCUUUUGUUGACCAGGGGCCACCCCCUAUUUUCUGACUCCUCUCUCUUUUAGAGAGAGAAAUUGUUCUUUAUGGGUGUGUGAAUUGUAAAGCUUCAGCGUUUUAGUUUAUACCUUGGGGCCUCUGGAAGUUCAGUCUGGGGCUGGCAGUGGAGCUUUCCAUUGUUGAGCAACUGCCAAGUUCCCUGGGCUAGUUAAAUGUUGCCCUGUUUCCCUCUGGAACCACCUGCUGCUGUUGCUUGCCUCUUCCAUCUCUUUGUCUGAGUGAAGGGAAAGGACUAAACAUGUGGUCUAUCUGUGCUCGGCAAGUGGGAUAUGUUAAAGGCAUGUGUUAAAGGUUUUACAGCUUAUAUUUCCACACUUUUCUUUGCUGCAUGCUUGGCCAUGUUAAACCUCUGCUGCGGUUCUCUCACCAAAGAGCACUUGCCCAAAACUUGGACCUUGCCCUUCCAAUGACCUUUUUCAGUACCUGGCAGGGUUGAUGUGGGCAUUAAGUGAGGAGGGGGAGGACCAUGGAUGCCAUCUUGAGUUCCUUGGAGGAACAAGUGGGGUGUCCAUGCAUGCAGUCAAGGAAACUGGCCAGGUGUGAAAAGCAGAGAGCACUCCUGCCCCUUUAACACCUGGGCAGAAGAGGACUUUUUUUCAGUAGGUGGAAAGCCACACUUGCUGUAAGGUUUUCCUCUGCAUAUCUGUUAAAGGGGCAGGAGCUCUCUCAGCUGUUGGCUGCCACCCUUCCACCAACAUCUAAGCUUGUCUAUUUCUUUCCCUCCAUCCAUAUCCCCCCUUUCCUUAUGGGUCAUUUCCUUUUGGGAUUGGCUGACUAUAUGGCAGAACAUGUCAGGAUUGUAUUGCCUGUUGGGUUCUUGCACCAAGUGAGGUUUGUGGUACUUGGGCCCUAUGGGUGGGCUCUCUCUGAGGCUCUCUUGGUGCCCAUCAGGACCAGUAGACUAGAAAGCAGGCCAGUAAGAAGAGUCAGAGACAAUGACAGGGAGAGUGUGUUAUGUAUUGAAGUUCUCACCCUAGCCACCAGGGGUAUUGUGUACAGUCAUACCUUGGGUUAAAUACGCUACAGGUUGAGCGUUUUCAGGUUGUGUUCUGCGGCGACCCGGAUGUAACGGAACGGGUUACUUCCGGGUUUCGCCGCUCACGCAUGUGCAGAUGCUCUAAAUGACAUCACGCGCAUGCACAGAAGCGGCAAAUCGUGACCAACGCACAUGCAGACGCGGGGUGCGUUCUGCUCAGGAUGCAAACGGAGCUCCGGAAUGGAUCCCGUUCGCAUCCAGAGGUACCACUGUAUAUAGUUUUCACUCAGGAAACCCUGGGCUUUUGUUGUUACAAUGUUGACAGGCGGCUGCCUAUAAAAGCAGGCCGACUGAGCUGUUUGCUGUUCAGUUCAGUUCCAGCUUACAGUGGUACCUCGGGUUAAGUACUUAAGUCGUUCCGGAGGUCCAUACUUAACCUGAAACUGUUCUUAACCUGAAGCACCACUUUAGCUAAUGGGGCCUCCUGCCGCCGCCACCAUGCAAUUUCUGUUCUCAUCCUGAAGCAAAGUUCUUAACCUGAAGCACUAUUUCUGGGUUAGCGGAGUCUGUAACCUGAAGUGUAUGUAACCUGAAGCGUAUGUAACCCGAGGUACCACUGUACUUAUAAAGAACUACUUGGAGAAAGCUCUGUGUCAUCUGCUAUGUCCACCCACUACUUAAUAGAGUGGCUCCCUGAUUGGUUGUAAUCAAGGAGGCUGUCUGGUGCUGUUUCCCAGCCCUACCUGGAGAUGCCACAGGGGACUGAAGCAGGGGCAUUCUGCAAGCAAGGCAGGUGCUCUAGCACAGAGCUGUGCACUUCUCCUUAAAAAAAUAAAGUAAAAUUCUAGUCCCUGUUGUUCUGAAUAAAAAGCUGAAUCAGCACAGGAAGCUGAGUCAGAUGGCUGGGUUCAUCUAGCUCAGUAUUGUCUACACUGACUGGCAGCAGCUGUCUGGGAUUUCAGGCAGGGAACAUUCCUGGAACUACCUGGCAAGGCCAGGGACUGAAUCAUGGACUUUCUGCAUGCGAGGCAGAUAGUCUACCACAGAGCUAUGGCCCUUUCCCAUAAAAUCACAUUGUAGCCUGCUCCAGAUCUCUGAGUGGUGAGAGACUCUGGGGGUGCCACUGUUAUGAGGACUAGAAUCUUAUUUUCAUGGGAAGGGUCAUAGCUCAGUGGCAGAUAAUGUGUUUUACAUGCAGAAGAAUCCAGGCUUAGGAGAUACAGUACUAUUGCCUGACAUCCUGGUGAGCUUCUGGCUGUCCCUGUAGGCCAGGUGUCAGCUGUACCGGGCACUGAAAUUUGAGACCCCAAGGUCUGCCACUGGUGUGGGGACCCAUGCCUGCUGGGGCUGAUGGGAGUUGCAGUCCAGCAACGUAUUUUGGGCCAGAGGCUCUCCACACCUUAUAUGCAGAUUUAUUUAAGGAACUUCUGUGUUGGCUGAUUUUCUGGGAAUCCUUUGCAAGUUGUUCCUUGACAAGCCCUGUCUUGUUAAAGAGCCCCCUAACUGCAGCCACGAAACCCCGAUGCAUUCCAGAGGAUUUUCAGGCAGGACAGGAUAAGCUGUGACUCUCCAGGUGUCUUUGGACUCAAACUCCCAUCAUUCCUGGACUGUUUGCCAUGGUGGCUGGGGCUGAUGGGAAUUGGGUUCCAAUGAAUAUGUGGUGGGCCACCUUAGGAGAGGCAUUCCCCGCCCCCACCCACCCCCCAUGAGGGAAUGCCUUUUUUAAAUCGGGAGCAUCUCUUGCAUGAAGGGGAGGGGGUGCUCCUUCUUAGAAAAGGGACGGGGAGCAUGGAGUACCACCCACUUCUUGAGGUCUAAAUGUUCCUUAGCUCUGUUUGAAGGCACAUCUUGGGAAUGCUAACCUGGUGUUGCUCUCUCUGUGGGCAUGAUGUAAUUGCGCAAUGCCCUCCAUUGCCAUUGCAGUUACAGAUUUCAGAGAAAGGUGACUGGCAUGUCUGCAACCAUGGUCUAGCCAGAAUUUCACGAGUCUCGGUGAUUAACCUGGAGUUUCUCAAAAAACCACAACGUUCUUAAGAGAAUCACUGUUUGCAAGCAACAUGUUCCUCCCCUCCAACAUUUCUCUGAUGAAAUAAGGGGGGGGAUUACUAUUUAUAUUCCACGCAUCUGACUGGGUUGCCACUCGGGGAGGCUUUCAACAUAUAUAAAAACAUAAUAAAACAUUAAACAUUUUUAAAAAUAAAAACCUUCCCUAUACAGGGAUAGCUGGGAGGGUCAGAUAACUCCAUACCCUCCAACAUUUCUCCAAUGAAAAUAGGGACAUCCUAACAAAAAGCGGGACAUUCUGGGAUCAAAUCAGAAACCGGGAUGGCUUCUGUAAAUCUGGGAUUACCCUGGAAAAGGGACACUUGUAAGGUCUGUAUGCUAUAAAACUGCCUUGCCUCUAAAUCUUGCCCAACCCCCUGACACUUAAAGGAGGUGGUGGUUAAUCUUAAACCUGUGUGGUUUGUUUGCCUUAAGCCUGGCAUCUCCAAACUCAGCCCUCCAGAUGUUUUGGGACUACAACUCCCAUCAUCCCUGGCUAACAGGACCAGUGGUCAGGGAUGACUGGAAUUGUAGUCCCAAAACAUCUGGAGGGCCAAGUUUGGGGGUGCCUGCCUUAAGCAGUGAUUCUCUGCUCUCUUUUCCUGAUUGCCAGUCUAUUUCUGGGCCCGAUUCAAGGUGUUCACAUUUGUGUUUAAAGCCCUCAACAACUUGGGCAGCAAAGAUCUGAGAGUUCUCCUCCACCACCACCCUCUUGGGUGUUAAGAUCAUCAGAGGGGGUCAUCUUGGUAGUUCUACUGUCCUGAGGCAUUCAGGAUGCUGGCAGCCCCAGAGAGGAACUUAUUUGUGGCAGCACCUAAGUUGUGGAACUUCGUCCCCACAGAGGUGCAUCUGACAUCUUCAUUGGACAGUGUCCAUCAUAUGUCAAAGACACCCCUCUUUACCCUAACCUUGGACACCUAAGAACAUGAGAAGAGCCCUGCUGGAUCAAGCCCAUGGCCCAUCAAGUCCAGCAUCCUGUCCUCAUAGUGACCAACCAGAUGCCCAUUAUGGGAUGUCCCCAAGCAAGACCUGAGUGCAACUGUUGUUCCCCAUUAUCUGGUAUACAAAGGUAGACUGUCUUUGAGCAUGGAGGUUCUGCUAUGACAAUAGACUUCCAUAUGAGCAGCCUUACUAGCUCAGGCCAAUGCCCCAUCUUGUCCAGCAUCCAGUUCUCACAGCAGCCAGUGAGAUGCCCGAAUGGGAAACCUGCAGGCAGGAUCAGAGCACAAUAGCCCUAACUCGGCUCCUGUGUUAUGAAUAGCAACUGCUAUUCAUAAGCAUUCCUGCCCCUGACCGUGGAAGCAGAGCAUAGUUAUCCUGGCUUGUAGCCAUUGCAUCUGGAAUAUAGGUUUUCAGGACCCACCCCCUUCCUGUGAUUGUAACUUGUUUUAAACGGUUUGUAAUACUGAAUUUUAAAUUCACCUGAUGGUGAAGGGUGGGGAGCAACAGCAGCAACAGCAGCAACAGCAGCAACAGCAGCAACAAAUAAACAAAUAAUGGAACUUCUGAAUAUAAAUCCAAAGGGUUGCAUGUUGCAAUGCUGACUGGUAGAGGCUCCAUCCAAAGAGUAGAUCUGGUGAUUAAUGUUGAUCCAACCCCUUUCUUACAUGAUAUAAUCUGGCACUAGUUUUCAGACCUCAGAAGGAAAAACGAGCUCCAGAUCUCUGUCUCUCUGUCUGUCUGUUUCUCUCUCUCUCCACCCCACCCCACUCUCUCAGGAAACAGCAUCGAUCCUUCGCUUCCCAUGCAGAAAAUGAUGGAGAAUGAAGCCUUCGUGUCUUUCAUAUUCUUUGGCACCCUUUUGGUCAUAAAGAUGUAUGCUGUAGCCGUCAUAACAGGGCAAGUGAGGCUUCGCAAAAAGGUAGGCAAGUCAUUUUUUAAAAAAAAACUUUAAAGGCACUUGUGUGAUUGUAGGAGUUUUUACCCUCCAUGUGGCUUUUGAAAAUGGCUCUCUUUAACUUUUUGGUAUUUUGCAGCAAGUUGUGAUCUCAUUUCGUGCAUUUAAUAGAUGUUACUGUUUAGCUUUCACUGUCUUGCAUCUGUUUACAUUUCCCCCCAAAUGGGGCUUUGAACACACUUUGCAAAAAAGAAAAAGGGAAACCAGAAAUGUUAAACAGGUUGUGGAUUUUUUAUGAGAGACUUCCCAAUCGGAAUCUGACAGGGUUUUUUUGAGGUGUUAAAAUAAAAUAAAAAAACAGCUGAUCCAUCUUUCAGAUUCCUCUACUUGAUUAUUUAAAUCCUUGUUCCAGUAACUUGUAAGGCCCACCAAGGGACCAAUGGUGAGCACCUGGAGCUCUUCAUAAAUAAUAGAGAUCAGUGUUUUGCUUCUGUGUCCUUGAUUCAAUUUAGUAGAUUCAAAAUUAGUCAGGGAUCUAGUAGCAGGCAUUUUAAGUGACUAAUUUGCCAAUAUAUGGUGAAGCUGACACUCCUGUAACUAAUUUAGAACCAGGUCUCUUGUUUUCAAUCUGAUUUUUGUUCCACUGGAACAGGAUUGCCAACAAUGUAGAAGCCACACAAUCCGAAUGUGUUUUUGUGUUCACAUGACAACUUUACGCAGAGAUAAAUCAGCCCCCUUAGAAUGAUGACCAAGGCGGAGUAGUGGUGAGCAGCCUGAAGAAAAACAUUGCUGAAAGCUCUUCCAAAUCUUAAAUGGGUGAUGUUUCUUCUGAUUGCUGUGCAAAGUUAACUCCUUCAGCCAGUUUGGUAGACAGUAUCUGUGGUGUGCAUUCUUUUCCCCCCCAAGAAGGAGGAUUUCAAUUGCCUUUACAGUUGUAGUAAUGAUAACACCAACAAAGGAAAUUUGCAGGGGGGAAAUGACUGUCUACACAUCAUUCCACCUUAUUAGUUGUUUUGCUAUGCUUGCCCAGCAGUUUUAUUGACAUUUGGAGGGGCACUCUUGAGUUAUUUAGCAUUGACUGGGGAUGAAGCAGUCUGGCCACCCUGAAACUUUUGCAGUAUUGAAAGCAGGAUUGUGAAUAACCACCUAUGUACUAUCCUGUGCACAGAUCAUAGAAUCAUAGAACCUUGGGGACUCCCCAAGUGUCAUCUAGUCCAACACCCAGCAAUGCAGGACUUGCAGCCAAAGAAACCCUUGACAGACCCAAUCUCUGUUUAAAAACAUCCAAUGGAGGCUUGUUCACCGCCUUCCCAGGGAGUCCGUUCCACCUUCAAAGGGCUCUUGCCAUCAGAAAGUUCUUCCUAAUGUUUAGUUGGAGUCGCCUUUCUCAUCAUUUGGAUCCGUUGGUUCAGGUCCUGACCGCUGCAGCAUCAGAAAACAAGCUUCAACCAUUUUCCACGUGGCAGCCUUUCAGAUACAGUGGCACCUUGUGUUAUGUACCAUCCCCCUUAUGAAUGCUGCGGGUUACAUGCUCCGCUAACCUGGAAGUAGAUGCCCCUUGCUGCGACCUUUGCCCCGGGAUGCGAGCGGAAGUCGCGCUCCCACGGCAUGGUAGCAACGGGAGGCACCAUUAGCGAAAGUGCGCCUCAUGUUAUGAGCUGUUUCCUGUUACAAACAGACCUCUGGAACGGAUUGCGUACGUAACCCGAGGUACCACUGUAUCUGAAGAUAGCUAUUGGGUCACCUCUCAGUCUUCUCUUCUCCAGGUUAAACAUACCCAACUUCCUCAAUGUUCAUUGUAAGGCUUAGUUUCCAGACAUUUUAUCAUCUUGGUCGCCCUCCUCUGCCUCAUCUCCCAGCUUGUCAAUAUCAUUCUGAAAAUUUUGUUGCCCAGAACUGGGCGCAAGAUUCCAGUGGGAGCAGGGGAGCUGACCAAGGCAGAAUAGAGCAGUACUAUUACUUUCCUUGAUCUGGAUACAGUCAUACCUCAUGUUACGUUUGCUUCAUGUUACGUUCUUUCAGGUUACGUCCCGUGGCGACCCGGAAGUACCGGAAAGGGUUACUUCUUGGUUUCGCCGCUCGCGCAUGUGCAGAAGCGCAAAAUGACGCCACGCGCAUGCGCAGAAGUGGCAAAUCGCAACCCAUGCGUGCACAGAAGUGCUGCUGUGGUUUGCGUUCUUUUCAUGUUGCGAACGGGCCUCUGGAACGGAUCCCGUUCGCAACCAGAGGUACUACUGUACUAGACUUGAUUCAGCCUAGAAUUGUUGCUGCUGCCUUGCACUGCUGUAUGUCUCUCUCUAUCUCAGUUGCUGGAAACCACAGAAGGGGAGAGUGCUCUUGUGCUCGGGUCCUGCUUGUAGGUUUCCCAUAAUGCACAUCUUUUUGGCCACUGAGAGAGCAGGUGGCUGGCUAGACGGGCUACUAGCCUGAUCCAGUCCAUACUUCUGAUGUUCUUAGCGGGACUUCUGCUUAGCGGAAGUUUGUGUGAUCUUAAAAAUAAUGAGUUUGUUUUCUCUUUUUUAAAAAAAGCUGUAGUUUCUUUCCUGUUCCCUAAAGGGAAGGAAUGCCUUCUCAAGUACUUCUUGGAAAUCUAGCUUUCACUUCUUGUUAUUUGGAAAAAGAAAACUUGACUGCUGUUUUCUGCAGUUAUAGGUGGUUGUCUAGGAUGCAAUAAAACAAACCAGAACACAGUUGAUCUCUUUUUGGACCCACUCCAGAUGGUGUCCAAACCUGCACUGUGUGUUGGGGGUGCAUGGCCAACUGCCCACUUCCCAAAUUACAAAGCAAAUAGGGGGAUUUUGUGGACGUUUCUGUGUGUCAAAGUUGGAUCAAGCCAUUAACCAGGCAUGGUGUCUCCCCAAGGUCCCAAGUUGUUUUGCAGAGCUGGGGGAUAAAACAAAUGUUCCAUUUUUAUGCGAUGUCUGAAUUUUAGUUUUUAGUUUUCAGUAUAACAAAACCAAGCUAACUAUGGAAAGCUAACUGAGCUCAUCCAGAAUAGGAGUAGUGAAGCAGAAAACUGUUUGAUGAACAGCUCUAGAUUUUAAUCACAAUGAACUAUUUUCCACCUAAUGAUUCGGUGGAGGGAUUAAAAACUAUUCCCUCCCCCAUGUGGAUUAUGCUGGGGGGGGCAAGGUUCACCCCAACACCCCUUUCCCUAUGCAAGUAAAUGGAGAGAUCUGUUUUCCAGGGAGAGGAGGCAGAGUUCCCACAAAAAUUCCACUGUGGAGAGUGGGCAGAAGCCCACCAUACCAACAGUCUUUCGGGUAAUGGGGACAUAUCUGAGGAGCAGGUGACAUCCCUCAGUCUUUCCUGACAAUCUUUUCCAUCUCCUAUUAUUUCUAUUGCACCCCCUCCAAAACAAUACAGUAUUCAUUGUGGGGGAACCAUAAAUCUGUAUUGCUUUUGGGUGGGUGCUGAAGAGAGUGGUGUGUGUUUGCAUAUACAAGUCUCUGAAAAUUGUGUGAGUUGAACCUAGGCUACUGAAGAAAGUCAGUCUCUGCACCCACUUUUCCCUCUGUCCAGGCCCACCAAAGGUAUGCAGCCCACUGAAGAUUGCCCAGGAGGGAAUGUGACCUUCAGGCUGCAAAACAUCACCCAUCAGAGAGAAAGGGAAGUUUAAACUUCAGGGAUUGUGGUCAAUGCUAGUCCUACUUAGAGUAGACCCAUUGAAGAUAAUGGCCAUGACUAACUUUUGUUGUUUAGUCGUGUCCGACUCUUCGUGACCCCAUGGGCCAGAGCACGCCAGGCACUCCUGUAUUCCACUGCCUCCCGCAGUUUGGUCAAACUCAUGCUGGUAGCUUCGAGAACACUAUCCAACCAUCUUGUCCUCUGUCGUCCCCUUCUCCUUGUGCCCUCCAUCUUUCCCAACAUCAGGGUCUUUUCUAGGGAGUCUUCUCUUCUCAUGAGGUGGCCAAAGUAUUGGAGCCUCAGCUUCAGGAUCUGUCCUUCCAGUGAGCACUCAGGGCUGAUUUCCUUCAGAAUGGAAAGGUUUGAUCUUCUUGCAGUCCAUGGGACUCUCAAGAGUCUCCUCCAGCACCAUAAUUCAAAAGCAUCAAUUCUUCGGCGAUCAGCCUUCUCACUUAGACUAACUUAGAUCUCUUAAUUUCAGUGGGUCCAUUCUCAGUAGACUCUUUGUUUGAUAUCUGACCACUCCCUCCAGGUUUCAAGUGCUUUCCUGAGAUGUUAAAAGUGAUGCAAAUUAUCCAUCAAUAAUUCACAUUAUAAUUCAUUUUUAGAAAAAUCCAGAAUGGUUGCAAAACAACUCCUUCAGGGAUUUGAAGGGGGAUCUGGACAAUUGUCAACCAGGGUUAGCCAAUGGCCUUGGAUAGCUUCAGGCUUUCAAAAUCAUCCUUGUCAUCAUUCUUUUAAAAGAACUUUGUCUUGGAAAGGAAUUGAGAUUCUUGUAUUCAAAAUAGUGAGCUGGCUUCCAAUGGACACUUGCUAGCUUCCAAACAGGGUCUGUACAUUCUCCAUUUUCAAAACAGAUCGUUGCAACAUCCAGGAUUAGGUGCUGGAUCUUUUAAGAAAUUGGAAGUGAUCCAAUGCUAAAACCUCUGCAGUUGUGAUGCAAGCAAUGCCUAGAACUUUUAAUGAAAAGGCAACCAGAAAUAAUCUAAUCCUGACUGUUUCAAAUUAAGAAACCCAAAAUGGUGACUGCAACUGGAAUACCAAAACAGGAUUUUACUGCAGUUUAAGCUGUGGACUUAUUGGAGGUGACGGUUGUUUUAAUAUUCUUUUGGAAUGUUUUAAAGAGCAUGGCUUAUGGAACUCCUUUCACAACCUGGGGUUUAUUCAUAAGAGACUGCCACCUUGCAUUAGGUGGUACAAGAAACUUGAGACAGUUGUGGGAAAUCGCCAGGCACAGACACAGCCAUGCAGCCAGUGACGUUGGGUGGAAUGUUCUACUAAAUCUCCCAAAAUGCUGAUAAAAGCCUGUUGGAAUGGGAAGAAGCAGCCUUCGCUUUUUAUUAUACACUCUCUGUAAAGCUCAUAAUCUCCUGGAGUGGGGAAAAUACUCUAAAACAUCCGUCUUUGAGCACAGUCUGAAGACAUCUCACAUCUUCUGUCUCUGAGGCUGAGUUACAGAAUGAACAGAAUUGAGGGCUAAAGCUUUGAUUGCAUAUUUAGUUGCAUAUUUAGUUGCUCCCCCCUCCCACAAACACACACACAGAGCCCCACACUUGUAGAAAGCUUGCAAGCCAAUCCAGCCUUUCCCCACAUGAAAAAUGCUAGAAAAUAACUCAGAGGCACCAUCUCUUGCUGCACUGAAUGCAUAAACUGUAUUUGGCCAAUUUAUAAAACCAGCUGGCGGUGUUUUUCGGAAAUAUGCUAAUUCAACAUGCAUGGGGCGGUAGCAGGUUCAGAGUAGGGAUGGGGGGAAAUUUCAAUUCUGUUUGCAGAACCAAAACGCAUCAAUCCUUUGAAGUCUGCAUUUUUGCAGUUUCCCAGCCAGGUAAUCUGUCUGAAAAUGCCCACAUCUGGGGGGAACAUGCAAAAAAAUGCAUAUGUUCACAAAAAUAAUGUGUGGAAAUGUAUCAUAUGGGGGGGGGAAUAUAAAUAUAUGGGGAAAUAUUCUUUGCAGAAAAGAAUAAUGAGAUUGACAAAGUUUCAUGAAGAAAUGUGUGUGUGUGUUGGAGGAAUUCAUAUGAAAAUGCUGGGUUUUUAAAAUGAGGGCUUUUAAAUGUAAAUAAAUAAAUUGUAAGCUGAUGUGGAAAUAUGGAGAAGUGAGUUUAAGACAGGGAAAAAGAGAAAACUGGAGAAACCAACUAUGGCAUAUUCACCCAUCCCUUGUUGUUUCAAUUAUAAUUAUUAAUUAAAUUUAUUGGUCACUUUUUUGCCAUGGCGACUCAAAGUAUCUUACAAUAUUUGAAGCAAGGAACACGCUUAUACAUUCAAUCUAGCAUAAAUUAAAAGAAUGAAUCAAUAUUUCCCAUAUAAAAAAAAUUCUGCAAACUUGGCAAACUGGGAUAUUGGUGGGGGGGGGGGCGGGGGGGGAAGGUUCUGCCCCAGCCUCUCCCUGUUGCAUGGAGAUUGCCUUUCCAUGCGGGGAGCAUUCGUGCACCAGCCUGCCUUCUCUCCCCCCCCCAUCUCUGUAAUCAGUUGUGCGAUCUGCAGAGGGCAAUGCCAAUCAGUGCUUCUGCACUCCCUGAAGGGGUUCUGCUGGGACUAGUUUGCUUCAAGUGUAAGCAUUCCACAGUCUCCACCGCUUCCUCAAGGAAGCUGGUAAUUAAUUUGAAUGUUUUAGAGCUGAGAGGACACUUAUGACCCGAGGCUGCUCCUGGGAGGGGCCAGACCUUGGCACUUUCAUGCCUGAAGUGUGAAGUUGCAGUCAUCUUUGUCAGAUGUUCUGGAGCUGAGUUCAUUCGCAUAAAAUCCUGCGAGUAGGUUACAAUGCAGACUGCCAAAUUGUGGUUUGGCACGCAAGAAACUAGUCCUCAUAGCCUUGUUGGUCUUCCUUAGUAAACACAGGAAGCUACCAAAUGCUAGGUAAAGACUAUGUAUUGGCACCCUGAACAAACAGCAGCUCCAGGGAUUCUUUGGGAGCUUUAAAUGUAUGGGUUUGUCGGAGCAUCGUCUACACAAUUCAUUUAAAGCAGUAUCAUAUUAUGUUAAACAGCAUGGUGUCCCCCCCCCCAAAAAAACCUGGGAACUGCAGUUUUUUAAGGGUCUUAAAAGUUUUUAAAGGUAAAGGGAUCCCUGACCACUAGGUCCAGUCGUGGCUGACUCUGGGAUUGUGGCGCUCAUCUCGCUUUGUUGGCCGAGGGAGCCGGCGUACAGCUUCCGGGUCAUGUGGCCAGCAUGACUAAGCCGCUUCUGGCGAACCAGAGUAGCGCACGGAAACGCCGUUUACCUUCCUCCCAGAGCAGUACCUAUUCAUCUACUUGCACUACCUAUUUAUCUACUUGCACUUUGUCGUGCUUUCGAACUGCUAGGUUGGCAGGAGCAGGGACUGAGCAACAGGAGCUCACCCCGCCGUGGGGAUUCGAACCGCUGACCUUCUGAUCAGCAAGCCCUAGACUCUGUGGUUUAACGCAGUUGUUAGGAGACCUCUCUUUCCCCUCCCAGGAUUUCUAGAUCAAUCUCUCUUCCGAGGGAACUUUGAUAAUUAUAGCUCUGUGGGGGAAUAGGGAUGUCCUGACAACUCAUGGAAUUGUAGUGUCGGAAGAGACACCAAAGGUCAUCUAAUCUAAGCCCCUGCAAUGCAGAAAACUCAACUAGAGCAUCCAUGACAGGUGGCCACCCAACCUCUGCUUAAAAACCUCCAAGGAAGGUUUCCUCUCAGCACCCUUAACAGUUCCCAGGAUUCCUUAGGCAAUGAAACAAGAUUCUAGUUCAUGUGGCUGUGAAUAAAGGGCUAGAUUAAACCGGAGCCUAGGGAGAUGCCUUAUGCCAAGUCAAACAUGUUCCAUCUAGCUAAGUAUUGUCUACACUGGCUGGCAGCAACUGUCGGGGGUAUCAGGUGUCUCUCCCAGCCCUAUGUGGAGAUGGAGCCCACUUGGGAUUGAACCUAGGACCUUCUGCAUGCAAUGCAGAUGCUCUGUCGCUGAGCUGUGGCCUCUCCCCACACUUUGUGACAUGAGCUCCUGGACGGCUUGUUCAGGGACCCUUUUCUCCUGUGUGAACCUUGAGAGUUUUUGCAGAUCCAGCAACCCUCCUUUGUGCCAAUGGCUACCUAGGCCACUCCAACUCCAGCCCAAAGACAGGAUCUGCCCAAAGGGCUUUUGUUGCUCCAGGAAGUAUGUGGUCUGUGGCCAGUGUGCAUGGAGGAAAUAGCAAAGUAAAACAGAACCUUGCUCGCCUUGGGGAAAGGCUCAGUGUAGCCAGAGAUUAUUCUAACAGGUAGGCUUCACCUUUGAUGGCUCCUCCAUCAGAAAAUGUAUUUAUUUAUUGCCUAAAAUGUAUGCCCUGCUUGAUUGUAAAACAAAACACAGUAACAUUAAAGCUAUUUACAAAAUAGACAAAGCAAUAAGAAAAAUUAAUUUAAGACUUUUGAAAAGUUAAAAUAACAAUAAACCAAAAGCAGGUUGAAAUUUGCAUCAGCUUUCGAUGCUUUGUCUAAACAAAACAAGUACAGAUUCAGGUAGGUGUUGGUCUGAUGCAGUCAAAAUAAAUAAAAAUAAUUAAAUUAAUUAAAAAAUUGUCCAGUAGCACCUUAGAGACCAACUCUAAGUACAGAAACCAAAACAAGUACAGAAAAGGUGACGGCCUGACAUCAAUAGGCAGGGAGUUCCAAAGUUUAAAGACAGGUAUGGCAUGGUACCUGUAACAGGGCUAGUUCCUUAGAUCAAAGCAGCUGAGUGGAUGGAUUUGGGGUAAGGUAAUCUUGCAGGUGAACUGGCCCCAAGUUGUUAAGGGUUUUAUAUACUGAUAGUAACACCUUGUCCUUGGCACAAGCGUGAUAUGCCAAAAGUGCCUCGCUUCUGUCAGCAAUUGUGCUUUUAGCAAAACUGCUUACAAUGUGGGGAGAUGCAGGGAGAAAGUUCUUAUUAUGAACCUGCCGUGAACUAAUUGAUCCUUGUCUUCCUCCAGGCAUUUGCCAAUCCAGAGGAUGCUCUGAGGCACGGAGGGCUGCAAUACCACAGGGAAGACCCUGAUGUGGAGCGAUGCCGCAGGUGAGUCUUAAAAAUAAAAACAAAACUCCUCUUUGCAUCAUUAGGAGGCCAUCUUUCCUUUGUACUUCAACCAAUCAAUUGCUGGCUCUGCUUUCCAUGGCUAACCAGUGAUGUAGAUUUUGAAGCUGCUUUGCGUUGUUCCUUCCCUCUUCCCAUGUGAUUGCCCCCCCCCCCAGCAUCACUGAGGACAUAUGGUUGGUAACUUCACAGGCCACUCCAGAGUUGUGGAGAGGUUUGGGGAAAGGGGGGGCAGAAUGGACAGAUUUGUGCAUCCUGAGUGGGGAUGGAGGUGAAAGUCAUAGAAUCAUAGUAUAAUAGAAUCGUAGAAUUCUAGCAUUGGAUGGAGCCCAAAGGGUCUCUAGUCCAACUUCCUGCAAUUCAGGAAGUUCCAACUAAACAUUUAGUAACAUUUAAUCACAUCUAGUGACAUUUAAAGUUUAGAAUUCUUCCCUAGAUGCAACAGAUCACAUCUCAAUUUCCCUUAAGCACAGAAAUUUUAUAUACAGUAUCUGUAUCUAUAUCUACAGUAUCUAUCUAUUUACAAACAUACAAAGAAUGUCAAAGAAACAAUUUGCUGCUUGGCUUGACCAGGGAAAGACGCAAGUGGAAGAGAACUAGUGUUCUUUUUCAGCGGGGAAACCAGCAAAUUAAAUUGGCCGAAGGCAGGAGCAAAUCUUUAGUACCUAAUGCCCAAUUAAAAAACGCUUGCACUUCUCAGAAAUUGCAUCUCUCAUUCUUCCCAGAAAGGCUUCAUUAGUUGUUGCCUUGAGGAGGGUAUGGUUAAUUCCUCUACUAAUCUACUUGAGGUUGAUCAGCAGGGUUCCCAUCCAGUUUGGUAGCAGUUUUUUUAAAAAAAAGAAAAAAAGAAAACAUUCUUGUUCCUUUUAAAAAAACAAACAACUAAUUACCAUGAAAAACAGAACUGUACCAGCACCAAUGACACAGUCUUAGGGUGAAGGGAGGAUAAAACAUAUAAUGGUAAGGCUAAAACUAUGCAUUGUUUCAACGUACAGAACUUGUGGGUUGGUUCUGCUCAGAGUAGACCUGCUGAAAUUUGUGGACCUAAGUUAGUUGUGCCCAUUAACUUAAGUGGGUUUACUCUGAGUAAGACAAGCAUUGGAUACAGCUACCUAUAUAUAGACAGAGGUUAUGUGGUGCUUUUGGAGCCAAAGAAAGAAAGAAAGAAAGAAAGAAAGAAAGAAAGAAAGAAAGAAAGAAAGAAAAACAGAAACAGAAAGAGAGAAAGAAAGAAAGAAAGAAAGAAAGAAAGAAAGAAAGAAAGAAAAAUGCAAACUGAGAUAAUAUUUUGGACUAUUUUUCAAACCGCUUUUGGCCAGAUUUAUUUAUUUUAUUUUAUUUAUUGCCAUUUAUAUCCUACCUUUUUUCUCCAAGGAUCUCAAAGUGGCAUAUGUGGUUCUCUCCCCCCUCAUUUAAUCCCCACAACAGCCCUGUAAGGUAGGUUAGGUUAAGAGAGGCAGUGCACUGUCCAAGAUAACACCCAGUGAGCUUCCUUGUCAAGUGGGGAUUUGAACCCUGGUCUCCCAGGUCUUAGUCUGACACUGUAACCACUACACCAUGGUGGCUUUGGUAUGUACUGUUUUGCCCUUUGACUCCUGUCUCCAGAUGGGUUUUAUAGGUUAUAAUACAAUAACAGCAGGUAGUAAACAGAGGUUCCACUUGGGCUUGACCUCUCAAACUUAAACAGUGAAUUAUUUUACUUUUAUCUCACCCAUCACCCUAAGGUGGUCCUACAGCAGGCUAUAAUAAAUUAAACACAAUAUUAAAAAGGAGUGUAAAACAAUAUAAAAUCACAGAUAUAAAUACAGUGGUACCUCGGGUUAAGAACUUAAUUUGUUCCGGAGGUCUGUUCUUAAGCUGAAACUGUUCUUAACCUGAGGUACCACUUUAGCUAAUGGGGCCCCCCGCUGCCGCACGAUUUCUGUUCUCAUCCUGAAGCAAAGUUCUUAACCCGAGGUACUAUUUCUGGGUUAGCGGAGUCUGUAACCUGAAGCGUAUGUAACCCGAGGUACCACUGUAAGGUGGGUCUCAAGUGUCUUAAUCCAUAGACAGUGUCUGGGACUUAAGUUUGGAGAAAAGGCAAGUAAGAGGCAACAUGAUAGAAGUUUACAGAAUUAUGUACAGCCUGGAGAAAGUGGAGAGAGAAAAUCCCCCCUCCCCUCUCUCGUAACACUACAACUCUGUGGGCAUACAGUGAAGCUGACUGUUGGAAGACCCAGGACAGAUGAAAAUUACAGCACAGAGUUAAAUUUUGGAACUCCCUUCUGCAGGAGGCAGUGAUGACCAUCAACUUGGAUGUUUUUAAAAGAGGAUUGGACAAAUGCAUGGAGGAAAGGGCUAUUGAGGGCUACUAGCCAAGAGGACUAUGCUCUGAUGCUUUUGAAUACCAGUUGCUGGAAACCACAGGGGAAGGGGAGAGGGCUUUUGUGCUUGGAUUUUGCUUGCUGCUUUCCAGUUGGCCACUGUGAGAACAGGAUGCUGGACUAGAUGGGCCAUUGGCCUGAUGCAGCAGACUCGUCUUAUGUUUUUGACACACAGAUGAAAGUGGCCUGAAGGACCCUCUUUGCCCACUCCUCCCCACACAACAGACUCAAAGCCCUUGGCGCUUGCAGCUCACGUAGUGUGAUGGUUCAGUAUCCAGACCUCUGAAUCUAAAUGCACUGCUGCAGGACUAGUCUGAACAGGAAUCUUGAGUGCCGCUGGUGUUCAGCUGGCCCUGAAAUCCCCUUGAAAACAUGUGACUGGCUUGCUUCAAGCACCUGCGUUCCUUCCGAAGAAAAGUGCGAAGUCCUGUUUUGUUUUGUUUCUUUUGUAAAGGAAAAGAGGUGAAGCAGAGUUGACUGGGUAGGGAGGGCAUAGCUAAGAGAGGGAAAUGGUGCAAAAGCAGAUUUGGGAGAGGGAGGAGCAGCUGGUCAUAGAUGCAAAGGCUAAUAAAGUUGUGGGUUUCCAAUCCUACAGCCUUAUACGCUUGCAAACUCCCCACCCUAAGAAGCCCAACAGAGAACAAGAAGCCUCGAUGGCUCCAUAUCAAUUCUGCCCCCUUAAUUAAACUAUGACAUUUGCAGCCACAAGACAGUGGUGAUGCCCAUCAACACAUUUUUUUUUAAGGGAGAUGGACCCACUCAUGGAGGACACAGCCAUUGGUGGCUACUAGCUGUGAUGGUCAUAUGCUACCUGCCUCUGAAUGCCAGGUUGCUGGGGAACAAAACUGGGGAGGACUUGCUUGUGGGCUUUCCAUUGGGGCAUCUGGUUGGCCACCAGGAGAACAGGGUGCUGGAACUAGGCGAGUCACUGGAUCGUGGAGCUGGGAAGCACUGGGUCUCUUCACCCAAUGUUCCAAUGCGCUCCUAGCCACACUGAAAAAAUUUUGGCCAGCCUAGGCAGCUGUCAAUCCAGGCACCAAAAAUAAGCAGCAGCUUUGAGUCACCUAGGUAUAUCACCUGUGGGCACUUUUGACAACUGUAGCAGCUGCCUAGCACUGUUAAUUUAUUUCUCUCUGUGCUGAGGAAGAUUAAGUGCACCUUAAAUACUCCCUGCUGCCAGGAACAGGCUGUCAAGAGUUGUGUCAGCUGGCUGACAUCAAUGGAGAUCUUUCUGCUAUGGAGUGCUGGCUUUCCCUUUCAUUGAGGGGUGAGCCUCAUCUGUCAUGGAGAAGGGAAGGAAAAGCUCUGACCAAGUGAGGAGUGGCUGAUUUAUUUAUUUUUAAAAGCUGGUAAAAGUUCCUCCCCAGAGCUAUUGAACCUAUGGUCAUGAAGAGGAGAGGGUGUUUUGUGGCAUAGGAAGCGCAGGAAAAGUGUUUCGGGUCUGGUGAGAUUUACAACUCUCACUGUUUGCUUUGAGAAUGAGAGCUGGCUUUGGAAUGUAAGCAAAGGAUUUGAUGGGGCCUUUCACUUCCAUAAUUGGCAGGAUACGACAUGCUCUAGGCAAUCAGACUUCUAAGGAGUGGGCAGGGGUUCAUCCUUUCAGGAAGGUAGCAUGUAAUUGCAAAUAACUCCCCUACGCCCCCCAAAAAAGACCCUUCACCCUCUUUAGGGAUGGGGAAAGAAAUUAGAUUCAGUUUGCAUGAAACGGCAGCUCUACCAAAUUUUCACUGUCUGAAACACCACAGAAUUAAAGAAUUGUAGAAUUGGAAAGGACCCCAAGGAUCAUCUAGUCCAACCCCCUGCAAUGCAGGAACCAUGCCUAAAUAACCCCUGACAGAUGGCCAUUGAAACUCUGCUUCAAAACCUCCAAUGAAGGAGAGCCCACCACAUUCAGGGAAUCUGUUCCAUGGCUGAACAAGUGUUCCACGUGAGGCUUCCAGACCCUUGAGCAUCUUGGCUGCCCUCCUCUCCACACCUUCUAGCUUGUCAGUCUUCUUAAACACUAUAGAAUCAUGGAACUGAAGAGCUGGAAGGGACCCAAAGGGCCAUCUAGUCUAAUCUUUUGUGAUGCAGUAGUCACAGCUAAAGAAUCCCUGACAUUGGCCAUCUAACCUCUAAGACUCUUCAGUGAUAUUAUUAUUAUUAUUAUUAUUAUUAUUAUUAUUAUUAUUACCUGCCAUUCACCAGCAGGUCCCAGGGAAGGUUACAACAUGUUAAGAUUCAGAAUUAAGACCAUUUAAAACCAAUUACAGUGGUACCUCGGGUUACAUACGUGCCAGGUUACAGACACUUCAGGUUACAUACGCUUCAGGUUACAGACUCCGCUAACCCAGAAAUAGUACCUCAGGUUAAGAACUUUGCUUCAGGAUGAGAACAGAAAUCGUGCUCUGGCGGCGCGGCGGCAGCAGGAGGCCCCGUUAGCUAAAGUGGUGCUUCAGGCUAAGAACAGUUUCAGGUUAAGAACGGACCUCCAGAACGAAUUAAGUUCUUAACUCAAGGUACCACUGUACAAUUGCAGGAUUGUCUGUCCUUUAAAAUGUACACUUCUCAAGUUUUUGCAAUGCCAGUUCUCCAGCCAAAUAGUGUGAAUUUAAGCAAUGCACAUACAAAGGUAAAUUGUGCUAAAAUGAGUUGAAUCAAGGGAAAAUAUAAAUAUGGCAGAAGUAUGCUUUAUAGACAGCAAGCAUUGCAUGUAAUAAUGUUAUUAUUAUUAUUAGGAUAAAUUCACACUCCAUUGCUGAGGACUUAAAAAGAAGGAAAAGAAUGUGCAAAAUGAGGUGGGAAUGUGGAGGGCAGCACUUAGGACUGGGAAAAAGAGAAACUGAGAGAAGGUGAAAUUGACUGAGUUCUCCUUCCUUGAUGUGAGGGGCGGGAGAUGUCUUUUGGAGAGCCACUGCUUGUCUGGGUAGACUGUACUGAACUAGAGGGGCCAAUGGUCUGACUCUGUAGAAGGCAGUGUCAUAUGUUCUUAUUUAAACUAGCUCCCUUUUCAGAACCAUGGAAAUUGGGCUCAUUCUUACUUCAUUUUUAAAGAACUCUGUGAUGGACCACUUGCUUUGCACACAGGAACUCCCAGGUUCAAACCCCAGUAGUAUCUUCAGGAAGGGCUGGGGGGAAGGACUCCCUGCUGAAACCCUGGAGAGCCCCUGCCAGCCAGUGUAGACAGUACUGAGCUUGAUGGGCCAAAGCCUGACUCCAUAUAAGGCAGUUUCUUAUGGUUCCUGGACAUUCAUAAUGUGUCUUGCAUUCCUUCCUUGUCAGCCAAGAGGGAAACGACCUCCUUGGUGACCCAGGGAGAGUUUUUAGUGACUGUUUUCCUUUAAUUCCGCUGGUCCAUUUCAUUAUAGAUUUUGUCCCCAGGGGGCUAUGUGCUUCCUGAAACUUGCACCCUACAACCCAAGCCAAGACAUCAAAAGUUAUUUUGCUGUUGUUGACUUUUAAAAUAAACGUUCUAGACCCCACCAUCUUCCGCCCCCACUGCAGCCCCAGACUUGGCCCUUAAUCUGCACCGACCCUUGAAGGCAGGAAAUGGUUCCAUUGAGGUGUUAUGGCUUGUGGCAUGACUUGUUUACGCAUAAUCCCAUUAGCAGCCCUGGGUUGUGGCCAAGGUGUGUGCAUACAUAAAUGCAGAAAGGGGGGGAGAGAAGGGGGGGCCGAGGAGCCAGGAAAUGGUGCAACCACGCCAUUGCCAUGGCAACGAUCCCAUCCAUGUGCGUACAUCUUGCCUUAAUGAGGACACAGUGAUUGGAGCCAGCUGCGAAGGCUUGGGUUCCGUUGCCUGCUUUCCCUGAGAUUUUUGCCGCUGCAAAUGACCACAAGCUGUGUGCUGUGUGCAGUUCUGUUCACCCUCACCCCCAACAAGGAUAUUGCAGGGUUGGAGAAGGUUCAGAAAGGGGCCACCAAAAUAUUCAAGGGGUUGAGCAACUCGUCUGUGAGGAAAGCUUGCAGCAUUCAGGGAUUUUCAGCUGACAUAAAAUGCGAGUAAGAGGUGACACGAUAUAAGUUUAUGAAAUGAUGCCUGUCAUGGAGGAAGUGGGCAGAGAGAGGAAAAAUUCUCCUCCUCUCAUCACACGAGAACUCAUAGACAUCCAAGGAAACUGAAUGUUGGGAGAUUCAGGGCAGAUAAAAGAAAGUCCCUCAUAGUGAACUGUUUUAAAGUCAUCCACGUUGCUGGCUGUCAAAUGGCUUCUGUGGAAUGGAACUGAAAGUGAUGCAUCUGAAUUCCAGUAGCUUGAAGCCACAGAAGGGGAGAGUGCUGUUGUGCUCAGGUUCUUCUUCCUGGUUUCCCACUGGAGCCUCUGGUCAGCCACUGUGAGAACAGGAUGCUGGACCUAGAUGGGCUAUUGGCCUGAUCCAGCAGCCACGUCCUUAACAAUAAUAAUAAUAAUAAUAAAUAAUAAAUUUUAUUUAUAUCCCGCCCUCCCCAGCUGAAGCCGGGCUCAGGGCGGCUAACAACAAUAAAACAGUACAACAGUACAACACAAAACACUCUAAAAUCAUUCAUUAUAAAAUUAAUUCAAAUCAAACCACUGGCAACCAUUGGGCCAGAGCUCCACAAAGACUGCCAAAGGAGGGAGUCAGGCUUUGCCCUGGCCAAAGGCCUGGUGGAACAGCUCUGUCUUGCAGGCCCUGCGGAAAGAUGUCAAGUCCUGCAGGGCCCUACUCUCUUGUGACAGAACAUUCUUAAACUCCACUCCAUGGUCUCAAUGGAGGCAGGAGGUUUGGGUGGGUGGGUUUGAGGAGAAACAGCUACUGAGGCAGUACUAAAAUGGGAUGCAGCAUAAUUAUUCGUGUGACAGAUUUUGCUACUCUCCUCACCACCACCCAAAAAAAAAAAGCUUGGGGGAAUUGACUCUCGUCUGUUUGCAGCACUGAAUCAAUUUAUUUAUUUUUAAAUCCUCACUUGCUUCUGGACAGAGCACAUGGGAAGCCAAUAAGCAGGACCUAAGUGAGACAGCAACUCUCCCCACUUGUGAUUCCCAGGAACUGGCAUUCAGAGGCAUAUUGCCUCCAACAGUGGAGGGAGAACGUAAAGACAUAAACUGAACCCCGCCGGGUGCGUUUCUGAAUGUAUUUCCCUCAAUGCAAACCUCCUGCCAGUGAGCCAAUAGUGGCCUACAAGGCCAUUUGCCUCAAUCCAUGUCCAUCUGCCAAUCAGAAGACAUCACAUGUAACAUCAUAAGGUGAGCCCUGCUGGAUCAGGCCAUUGGUCCAUCCAGCCCAGCAUCCUUUUCCCACAGUGGCCAACCAGAUUCACAUUAUGAGAAGCCCACAAGCAGGACCUGAGUGUACCAGAAACUCUUCCUACUUGUGAUUCCUGGCUAACUGGGGUUCAGAUGCAUGCUGCCUCUGAUAGUGGAGGGAGAACGUAGCCAUUGCAGCUAAUAGCCCUGAAAGUACCUUGUCUUCUGUGAUUUCAUGUUUUCAUUGUUGGGACUUAGUAUGAGCAUAGGAAAACAAGAAAAGCCAGCCAGGUGUGCCAAAGCAAAGCCCACAAACAGGACUCAAGUGCAAUAGCAUCACUCUCCCCACUUACAAUUUCCAGCAACUGGAAUUCAGAUGCAUUUCUUCUUCUGGCCAUGCUCCCCCACUUCUGCCUUCUAGACCAGGCAUCCCCAACCUGUGGCCCUCCAGAUGUUUUGGCCUACAACUCCCAUGAUCCCUAGCUAACAGGACCAGUGGUCAGGGAUGAUGGGAAUUGUAGUCCAAAACAUCUGGAGGGCCGAAGGUUGGGGGGGCCUGUUCUAGGCGACUGAAGAUCAUGCCAAGCCCCAGAGAAUUUAUUAUCAGAUUCCAAAAACUUUGUAGACUACCUUACAAGUUGUAAGAUAGUCUACAAAGCUUUUGGAAUCUGAAAAUGAGUGAUUGAAGGAGAUUUGAAAGCUGACUCAGUUGAGACAAGGUCUGAGCUGGUGACCUUCCUCUGGGGUGAAAAGGAAAGCCAUUCAUGUCUGAAAGUUGCGGUUUGGGAGUGGUGCCAGUAGAGGCUUUAUUCCCGAACAGUCACUUGGGUGCGUCUUUUUUAUUGUUAUAUAACCCUAUUAAAACCAGCCUCAUGUUGUUCAACUGUACCUACCUAAGGUAGAUUGUGCUGGAAUUUCCCCCUUGUUCAUAGAGCUUGUUUAGCCUGUACCCACCAAGUAGGCAAACAUCUCUGGGUUGUGUCAGGGGGGAAAUGGAAUCUGCCUCCGCCCAUCUAGGUAGGUGUCAAAUCUCCCCCCCCAACCCCCCCAACAUCUGCAUGUUUUGUAAAAUGUGUGCUGAAUUUUGUGUCUGCUGUUGAAAACACAAUUGUUAUGAAGCCUAGAUGGGCAAACAUCUCUUCAAGACCCAGGUGGGAAAGGAGAGGGGCCAGUUUAAAAAGGUAAAGGGACCCCCUGACCAUUAGGUCCAGUCACGGGCGACUCUGGGGUUGCGGCGCUCAUCUCGCUUUAUUGGCCGAGGGAGCUGGCGUAGAGCUUCCGGGUCAUGUGGUCAGCAUGACUAAGCCGCUUCUGGCGAACCAGAGCAGCGCACAGAAAUGCCGUUUACCUUCCCGCCAGAGCAAUACCUAUUUAACUACUUGCACUUUGACGUGCUUUCGAACUGCUAGGUUGGCAGGAGCAGGGACCGAGCAACGGGAGCUCACCCCGUCGCGGGGAUUCGAACCGCCGACCUUCUGAUCGCAAGCCCUAGGCUCUGUGAAUUAAUCCACAGCGCCACCUGCAUCCCAGGGCCAGUUUAGUCUCCAGCAAAAACUGGUGGUGCACAGCACCAAUUGGCUGGAAAUAGUGAUGUUAAUAACCACUAUUCCCCUUUCCUGACCAAGGCUUGGGAAUUUUCCAAACAUUUUAAAAAGAAGUUCUCUGGCUUCUUAUGUGGCCAUAGCUCAGUGACAGAAUAACUUCAUUGUACCCAAGAGGUCCUGUGUUCAGUCCCCAGCAUCUCCAGGUAGGGCAGGGAAAGACUCCUUACGUGGAACCCUUGAGAGCUACUGCCAGUCAAUGUACCUAAUACUGAGCUAGAUGUACCAAUGGUCUGAUUUAAUUUAAGGCAGCCCCCUAUGUUGACACAAUGAGAUGUUUCCUUCCCCACCCCCUACACUUUUUUAAAAGUGUGUGCAACCUUUUUAAAAUGCUUGAUAACUUUGCACUUCAGUUGUACACAUUGUAUACCUACUUCCACUAAAAUAAGGAUUCUGUACAAUUUUCAAUGUCUCUCCCCCAAAUUGUGCCCAUGUUUGUACAAAUGGACACGUAAUCCAACUAAUAUCUGCAUUCUAGACUUCAAUGAAAUCCAUCAAACAGGUCUGUUUGCUUUGAAAAGAGAGGCAGAGUGGUAUAGUGGUUAAGAGCGGCGGACUCGUAAUCUGGUGAACCGGGUUUGCUUCCCUGCUCCUUCACAUGCAGCUGCUGGGUGACCUUGGGCCAGUCACACUUCUCUGAAGUCUCUCAGCCUCACUCACCUCACAGAGUGUUUGUUGUGGGGGAGGAGGGGAAAGGAGAAUGUUAGCCACUUUGAGACUCUUUCAGGUAGUGAUAAAUCCUGCUGAAUCAGGCCAAUAGACCACCACCUAAACCAGCCUCUUGUUCCCACAUUGGCCAGCCAGGUGCCCCAGUGGGCAGCCCACAAGCAGGAUUCAAGCACAAGAACCACUCUGCUCUCCUAUGGCUUCCAGCAACUGGAAUUCAGAAGCAUGACUGCCUCCGACUAUGGAGGCAGAGUAUAGUAACUGUGGCUAGGAGCCAGUGACAGCCUUCAUGAAUUUGUCCCAUAUCCUCUUUUAAAGUCAUUCAAGUUGGUGACUAUCAUAGCCUCCUGCAGGAACAAGUUCCAUAGUUCAACUAUCCACUGCAUGAAUAAGUCCCUUCUUUUAUCUGUCCUGGAUCUUACAACAUUCAGCUUCAUGGGAUCUCCACAAGUUCUGGUGUUACAAGAACUUUCUCCAUGCCAUGCCUAAUUAUAUAAACUUAAGGUAAAGGUAAAGGGACCCCUGACCAUUAGGUCCAGUUGUGACUGACUCUGGGGUUGCGCGCUCAUCUCACUUUACUGGCUGAGGGAGCCGGCGUACAGCUUCCGGGUCAUGUGGUCUGCAUGACUAAGCCGCUUCCGGCAAACCAGAGCAGUGCACGGAAAUGCCGUUUCCCUUCCCGCCGGAGCGGUACCUAUUUAUCUACUUGCACUUUUGACAUGCUUUUGAACUGCUAGGUUGGCAGGAGCAGGGACCGAGCAACGGGAGCUCACCCCAUCGUGGGGAUUCGAACCGCUGACCUUCUGAUUGGCAAGUCCUAGGCUCUGUGGUUUAACCCACAGUGCCACCCGUGUCCCAUUAUAUAAACUUAUUUCUCCUCUUAUGCACCUUUUCUCUAAACUAAAAAGCCCCCAAAUGCUGUGAUCUUCCCACAUAGGGGAAUAUCUCUAUCCUCCACCCUGGAUAAUUUUGGUUGCCGUUUUCUGAACCUUUCCUAAUCUAAAAUAGAUAAAUGAUUAUCUGGGUUCUACCCCUCUUUUUUUCUCCGCAGGGCUCAUCUCAACGAUAUGGAGAACAUUUACCCCUUUCUCUUCCUCGGAGCGAUCUACUCCCUUCUGGACCCCAACCUGACUGUGGCCCGGAUCCACUUCUUGAUCUUCUUCUUUGGCCGGAUUGUCCACACCUUGGCCUACCUGCUGAAACUCAGGGCUCCCACACGCUCAGUGGCCUACAGCGUGGCCCAACUUCCCUGCAUCUCUAUGGCCCUACAGAUCCUCUUUGCAGCCAUCAAGUCCUGGUGAUUGCUUUGAUCUGAGACUUGAAAGGGGUGGGAAACGAGAUGGACAAGUGGCUUUGUUUGUUAGAGGUGGAUAAAGCUCUUCCUUUUCCUUGCUGUGGUCUGGUGAUGUGCAUUUCAACCUAAACCACUGCAUCUCUUUGCCUGGAUGGACUCUCAGUCAUGUCAUCUUCAGACUGGACAUUUUGCUUGGCGAUCUCUCCUAGGAGGGGAGGCACCUUUCUGUUGCUGAUGGGCAUGUGGUGUAGAGGUUCAGGUCCACAAAAUGAUAAAUAAAAACACUUAUUGCAGUAAAGAAUAUCUCGCUAGUCCCAAGCUGUCUAUUUCAACUCUGG